UCAAAGCAGCAUUGAAUUGAACCGGCAUUUUGGUUGGUUUGUUUUUUAGUUAGUUGUCCUGAAAUGCGUUUUCUCUUCCAAAUGUAAACCGUAUCUUUUCAGCAAAUUGAUUCCUCGGCCACUAUAUAGUAUAUAUGUGUUCGAGUUCGUUUUAGGACAAGAAGAGAAAAAGAUCAAAAGCAAAAGUGGUAGUGGCUUUUCUUUAGCAGCUUCAACAUGUCUGUCUUUCACCCAAAUUCUUACAUACUUAGCCGCCAUAAACCCCUUGUUCCUUCUUGCUCGGCCUCACUGGAGUCUGGAUUUAAACGUUCUGCAAGAGUUAACUCUGAUGUCUUAGUCAUUGAAGAGAGCAAAGAACGAAUUAGGAGGCUUUUUAGAAAGGUCGAAUUAUCAGUUUCAGCUUAUGACACGGCUUGGGUAGCAAUGGUUCCUUCUCCUCAUUAUUCCCACGCCCCUUGUUUCUCGGGUUGUGUGGAUUGGAUAUUGGAAAAUCAACUUAAGGAUGGCUCCUGGGGUCUUCCUCAGCAGAGUGUCCGAUUGCUCAAAGAUGAUUUGUCAUCCACAUUGGCAUGCGUUCUUGCACUAAAGCGAUGGGAUGUUGGCGAAGAACAUAUCAACAAAGGUUUGCGUUUUCUCAAGUCAAAUUUUGCAUCUGUGACUGACAACAAUCAGAGUUCACCAAUCGGUUUUGACAUCAUUUUUCCUGGAAUGCUGGAGUAUGCUAAUGAUUUAGGCUUAAAGCUUCCUGUAGAACAAACAUUAUUAAACACAGUGUUGAAUAAGAAGGCCCAGGAAAUCAAAAGAUGCUCUGAGAGAAAUUCACCAGAGAGUGAAGCCUAUUUGGCAUAUCUUUCAGAAGGAAUGGGAAAUUUACAGAACUGGGACAUGGUUAUCAAAUAUCAGAGGAAGAACGGGUCACUGUUUAAUUCACCUUCGACAACAGCUGCUUAUUUGAAUCACAUUCAAAAUACUGGUUGUCUUAAUUACCUUUCCCAUCUUUUGGAGAAGUUCGGGAAUGCAGUUCCAACAGUUUAUCCUAUAGAUAUAUAUGCUCAUCUCUGCAUGGUUGACACUCUUGAAAGGUUGGGAAUUGAUCGACAUUUUAAGCAGGAAAUCAGAAGUGUGUUGGACGAAGCAUACAGUUGCUGGCUGCAGGAUGAUGAAGAGAUAUUCAUGGAUGUUGACACUUGUGCCUUAGCAUUUCGAAUAUUACGAAUGAAUGGAUAUAAUGUCUUGUCAGAUAAAUUAACUCGGAUUGCUAAAGAAGAGUGCUACCUCAAUUCUCUUGGUGAGAACUUAAAGGACACAAAUGAAGCCCUCCAGUUGUAUAGAGCAUCAGAGGCAAUUAUAUAUUCAAAUGAAUCAGCUUUGGAGAAACAAAAUUCAUGGUCUAAUCGUUUCCUGGAACAUAAAUUGUCUAAUGGAUCUGUUCAUUUAGAUAGAUGUGCUCGAAUAAUCUUUCAAGAGGUGCAUGAUGCAUUGAAGUUUCCUUUCCAUUCAAAUCUUGAACGAAUGGUCAACAGAAGAAAUAUCGAGCAGUAUGAAGCAGAUAGUAUAAAAAUUCUAAAAACUUCUUACAGUUCACCAAAUAUCAGCAAUGCCGAAUAUGUAAGGCUUGCAGUGGAAGACUUCAAUGUUUGUCAGUCUAUACAACAGAAAGAACUCAAACUACUUGAGAGUUGGGUAAUAGAAAGUAGCUUGGACAAGCUAAAGUUUGCCCGCCAAAAGACAGCAUACUGUUACUUUUCUGCUGCGGCUACCCUUUUUUCUCCUGAACUAAGUGAUGCACGCAUGGCAUGGGCAAAAAAUGGCAUCCUUACUACUGUGGUUGAUGACUUCUUCGACGUUGGAGGUUCCAUAGAGGAACUCUUGAACCUAAUUCAGUUGGUUGAAAAAUGGGACGUUAAUGAAGAAACUGAAUGCUGCUCUGAGCAUGUUCGUAUCAUAUUUUCAGCUCUUCACCAUACUAUCUGUGAGAUCGGGGAAAGUGCAUUUAAACGGCAAGCGUGGCAUGUGACGACUCACAUCAUUGAAAUUUGGCUGGAAUUGCUUAAUUCCAUGUUAAAGGAAGCUGAAUGGACCAGAGACAGUUAUGUGCCGAAGUUAGAUGAAUAUAUGUCAAAUGGUUUCAUAUCAUUUGCCUUGGGACCGAUUGUUCUCCCAACUGUCUACCUAAUUGGCCCUGAGCUAUCAGAGAACGUUGUUCAAAAUGGGGAACUCCGUAGCCUUUUCAAGCUAAUGAGCACUUGUGGGCGUCUUCUCAAUGAUAUCCAGAGCUUUAAGAGAGAAUCGAAGGAAGGUAAACUGAAUGCAGUUUCCUUGUACAUGAUUCACACCGAUGCUACUACUGAAGAAGAUGCUAUUAAUGAGAUAAAGUGUGCAAUUGAAAUAAAUAGGAGAGAAUUACUGCAAUUAGUUUUGCAAGAAAAAGACAGCGUGGUUCCCAGAGCUUGCAAAGACUUGUUCUGGAAAAUGUGCAGAGUGGUUCACCAGUUCUACAUAAAGGAUGAUGGAUUUACCUCAGAGGACAUGUUUGGGGCUGUGAAGGACAUUCUAUACAAACCUAUUACCCGAGUAUAGUCAUAAUGAGGUAUAAAGAACAUCAGAUAUUCUACAGCGACACCCCAUUGGUGAAGAGCAUAGCUUUCUUCUUUUCUUUUCUUUUUGGUCUGUUGUUCGUAACUCUACAUUUAUGUAGAAGAAUAUUAAAUGAAAUAGUUUAAGAGUGGGUUUGGAAUUCUGCAUUUCAUUUCAAAUAACAGAAUUUGAGUUGUCAUUUCAAAUUUUCAGAUUUAUACUAUUAUUUGAAUGUCCUAUUAUUUGAA